AUGGUUCACAGCUUGGAAUUGAGACGAUCUGAUAGACUCAAAGACUUGGAUCCAGUUGAUUACGACGAGGGCAGCGUCAGUGGCUCCCAGCCCGAGUCCGAACCCAAGCCUGCGUAUGGGAAACGGAAAAGGGAAAUAUCAGACGACGGAAGCGAUUAUAGGCCGUCUAGGGAAGGCACGCCGGUCAAUGACACUCCGAAGACUCCAAAACGGAGAGUGAGUCGCAAGUCCGACAUUACAAACGGUGCACGACGGCGAGCGGUCAAGGCGUCCCGGAACGGAGGUGCCUGUAUUAUAUCAGGCUUAAAGGACAAGUCAGUGCAACAGUGCCAUGUUUUGCCACGCGCCACAGACGCGCGUAUCCUCACUUCUCUGGAGUGGUGGUGGGGCAUCAAAAAAGAAGGCCUCAAUGUAGAUUCUAGCCGCAAUAUGGCUUUCCGUGCGUCUUCGUUCUCGGAGGCAUGUCGAUACGCGAGGGCUUACUUGCAUACAGUUCGUGGCGACCUCCAUAUAUUGUGGGAUCGAGGAGACAUUCUUAUUGCUCCGAUGCCCGAUGUGGUGGACGCAUAUGUGGAGAAAUACAAGGAUGGUGAAAGACACGACAUUUUGGAGGUCAUUGGCAAGAAGAAGAUCCACCGAUACUGUGUGAUUCCCCACCCUAGCCUGUCAGGUGGUGCACGCUCUAGGGCAAAGCGUGCAAUCCGCCAAGGGUUCACCAACGGGUUCCACAAGCUCCAAUUUGUGCCGUCCCACGCGCAUCCACACUUCAUGAUCGUGAAUGCCGCCAUGAAGAUGAUGGAGAACAAAGAGCUGUGGGUGAAGUGUCUGCAGGAGUUCUACGAAAGAAUUCACCUCAAAGUCGACGCAUCCCGCGUUGUGGAGAACUUCUUGAGAUUGAACGCGCUUCCUAUGAACAUGCCGACAGGCGUACAAAGGACGCCUGAACGGUCCAAGGACCGCAAACCGGAGGCCCGCAAGUCCAACGGUGAAGCGCACGUUAACACCCUCAAGUCGCAAGUCGCCCAAUUGGCUCCUACUGGACCACGGUGCUUGUUGACCCAUCAAGACGACAAGUCGAUUCAGGGAUGUCACGUCAUUCCGCGAAGAACCGACGAUGAUUUGCGUAAGCAGCUGGCAGCAUGGUGGGGGCUUGAAGAUUUUGACAUAGACACACCUUUCAACCUCUUCUUGCUAAGGGCCGAUCUCCACUCCUUGUGGGACAAAGGGCUUAUUAUCUUCGUGCCUGAGCCUCAAAUCGUCGACGAGUAUCCCGCAGAAUCUAUUGUUCCCAUCAAUGUAGGCGUGCCGCUGCACGAACCAUUUAGAGUGUGCCAAGGCCCUCUUUACAAAUAUUGCGUCAUCGGCCAUCGCGACCUUCCCCGCUCAGAAGCAGAAAGUGAUUUUCCGAGGGCCCUCGACACCGUGAGUUGGGUGUUUUCCCGCGUUCCUCCUCAUUUCGUCACAUACAAUGUGGGUCUGGCGCUAUCGAAGGCUGGCGGGCCAGGUGCCUUCGAAGCAGCUCUAGACGCCUUCUACAAGGAGCACAACAUCGAAUAUGAAGCAAUCAACAUACUCACUGGUAUCAAAGACAUCUGCGACCAAUGGUUACAAGGCAUGCCGGACGACGGCAGCACGGAUUCCGAUACCGAAGCAGUCUUCAGCAUGGAUUCCACCACCGAAGAAGUCUUUAGCAUGGACUCUACCACCGAAGAAGCCUUCAGCAUGGAUUCUGCCACCGAAGCAGCCUUUUUCAUGGAUUCAGAUACCGAAGAAGUCUUCAGCAUGGGCCCCGCUGCCGAAGAAGCCUAUCGGACGGAUUCCGCUACCAAAGUAGCCUUCAGCUGGGAUCCCGCUGCCGAAGAAGCUUUUUGGUUGGACUAG